AUGAAGAUCACACUAGCUUUCAGUAUCAUCACUCUUAUGGCUUCUACCGCCGUUACCGCCAUUCCCGUACCAAUGACUUCGGAGGCAGCUGCACCCGCCCCUGCCCCUGCCCCCUCUACAACUCCCGCCCCAGCACCUGCACCCGCUCCCGUCGAAGACUGCAGUGAAGACUGUGGCGAGUCAACUCCAGGAACCACCGAGGCAGCUGCUGUUCCCGCCCCCGCACCUGCUGCACCUGACUCUGGGAGCUCAGGAGGCGACUCCAGCGAUACAGGUAGUACGCCAGCACCCCCUCCUGCUCCAGCUCCAGCUCCCGCUCCAGCGCCAGAGGCCCCCGCUCCUGCUCCUGAAUCGCCUGCUCCAGCGUCUCCUCCCUCCUCGCCACCUGCAUCGGAAGGCUGUACAGGUGAAGACUGUGCAUCUUCUUCUCCCUCUCCGUCUUACGGAUGUGAAGGUGAAGAAUGUGAAUCACCUUCCACCCCUGAACUUCCUUGCGAUGAGUUCGGUAACAUCAUUGGUGGAGGCGGAGGCGGAAAACCCAGUGGUCAUGGUGGAGCUUCUCCCAUCGGAGGAGGUGGUGGUAGUCCAGGUGGUGGUGGCCAUGGAGGAGGUGGUGGUGGUCAUGGAGGUGGCGGUGGUGGUGGUGCUCCCUGUUAA